GAGCCAUGCGGCUCUUGCUAGGGGCCCUGCUGCUGGGCUGGCUGUGUGGGGCCUUCGCCGCAGAGGAGUCCUGCGUGGGGCGCUGCGACAAGGGCUUCGACGACCAGAAGAAAUGCCAGUGCGACGACCUCUGCAUGUACUACCAGAGCUGCUGCAACGAUUACAUCACAGCCUGCAAACCCAAAGUGACCCGUGGGGAUGUCUUUUUUCAGCCAGAGGACGAGUACCUGGAUUACUAUGACGUCGAUCUCGCCAAUGCCACGGCCCCUGUCGAUCUCGCCAAUGCCACGGCCCCUGUCCCCACCAACACUGGCUUCUUGGAGCCAGUGAGCAGCGACCCACAGGAGUUCUGGCCAACCGAAGAGGCUGUGGCAGCCGCUGGUCCAACCCUCCCACCUGAGCCAGAGGCAGUCACCCAGGAGUCAGAAGAUGAGUUCCUGUGCAGCGGGAAACCCUUUGAUGCUUUCCUGACAGUGAAAAAUGGCUCCAUCUAUGCCUUCCGUGGGAAAUAUUUCUAUGAACUUGAUGAGAAGAGUGCAAUGCCCGGGUACCCGAAACUUAUCCAGGAAGUGUGGGGCAUCGAGGGACCGAUAGAUGCAGCCUUCACCCGCAUCAACUGCCAGGGCAAGACCUACAUCUUCAAGGGGAGCCAAUACUGGCGCUUUGAGGACGGAGUCCUAGACCCCGAUUUCCCCCGCAACAUCUCACAUGGCUUUAAAGGGAUUCCCGACUAUAUUGAUGCCGCUUUUGCGCUGCCUGCUCAGAACUACCUUGCCAGCGAGAGGGUCUACUUCUUCAAAGGGAAGCACUACUGGAGCUACGACUUUGACAAGCAGCCAAGCCGUCAGAACUGCGAGGAGACGUCCCCGUCGCUGGUCUUCGACCACUUUGCGCUCUUGCAGGAAGACAGCUGGGAGGAGAUCUUUGUGGAGCUUUUCGGGGGCUCCCGACGAAGCGGGGCCAGCAGGCGACGCUACAUCAGCCAGGACUGGCGAGGGGUGCCAAGCCAGCUGGAUGCCGCCAUGGUCGGCCGGAUCUACGUGGCGCAGAGCCCAUCUAAACGUCGCUCGAGGAAGAGGUCAUCACGCCGGCAUCGCAAGAAGUAUCGCAGCCGCCGCCGCUGGGGCCGCUGGAAGCCAAGUGCCUGGAAAUGGCUGGGGGACACUAGCUCAGAGUCCAUGGAGCUGGACUGGCUGCUGGGCUCGCCCGCCUCCUGCCAGCCCUUCCAGAGCGUCUAUUUCUUCCUGGGAGACGAGUACUAUCGCCUUAACCUGCGCACACACCGUGUGGACUAUGUGUACCCCAAAUACCCGCGCAAGAUUGCCAAGUACUGGCUGGGUUGCCCAUCUGAUGCCGAUCUGGACUAGCUGCGGCCGCGGCUCCCUUCCAGCUGACACCA